GGGUUCGCCGCCCCCUGAACAAAUAAAAAAACAACAAAACUAAAGAUCAAAAAGUGGGUUGGUCCAGUGGUUUGUGAUGUCCUUGCAUUUUCUUUUUACUUCUUGGUAUCACAAUGACGUGUCUCGCUGCUUGACAUUUUCCCAUCUGGACUGCAUUAUUUCUUAGAAAAAAAUGAACAAGCUUAGGAAAGGAAAAACGAACGUUUAAUCGGUUUAAUCGUUAAGGAACCAUACCCAGUAGAAAAUGUGCUUACAUUCUCUUUUUAGUAUUUGCCUUGUGGUUCCGCCGAAAAGAAACUCCAAUGUGAAUUAGAAUAUUUUAACAGACUCCUUCAAAUAAUCCGAUGAUAUUAGCAAUUCAAAGUUGUAGAAUUUUGCCGAGUAGAACAUAACAAAAAAACAGGUCCCAACGAGACUCGAACUCGUGAUCUCCUGCUUACUAGGCAGGCGCUUUGCCAUCUAAGCCAUGAGACCUUGUCAUUAUCAAAAUUGUAAUCUUCUACAAAGCGUUUACACUGUCAUGUUGUUUAAUCAAUAACAGAGAUGAGGAACCUCACAUAUCGCUUACUGUGGCUUGACCAUAACGUGACGUAGUCUGGAUUACCAGAAAUACGGUAGUUAUCGUUCCUGUCUUAAAUCUACUACUUAAUAUCAUGUCGAGAAUUACUUAUUUUACGGAUAUGGAAAAGUCUGUGGUGACUGCCAAUUUUGUUAAACGCGGUUGGACCUCUGCCACUUCCGAUGAAGACUGGAAUUUCUACUGGGCGAAUACUCAAACCUGUCGCAGUUUGUUCUCCGCCGAAAGCUCGUAUCGUCUUGGUGACUACCAGCUGAUCAAUCAUUUUCCGAAUCAUUACGAGCUUACCAGGAAAGACUUGAUGGUCAAAAACAUCAAACGCUAUAAACGUGAACAGGACAAAGAACGAGAAACUCGGGAACGGUCACAAUUCAACCUUGAAUUUGUGCCCGUCACGUUUGUUUUACCAGCAGAUUACAAUCUCUUUGCCGAGGAAUAUCGACGUUGCCCGACAUGUACAUGGAUCAUGAAACCUUGUGGCCGUUCCCAAGGAUCAGGGAUCUUCCUCGUAACCAAGCUUUCGAGGAUAAAAAAUGCUUCAUCAGUGGGCAGUGGUAAUCCGCAGCAGCCAGCGCCACCGAGGGAAUCCUACGUCAUUUCGAAGUACAUUGAAUCGCCUCUUCUGAUUGGGGGAAAGAAAUUCGAUCUUCGCUUAUACGUUUUGGUUACUUCUUUCCGCCCUAUUCGGGCCUACUUAUUUCGUCGUGGUUUCUGCCGCUUUUGUAGCGCUAAAUAUGACCGCAGUACUCAUCAGAUGGAUAAUAUGCUCGUCCAUUUAACCAACGUUGCUAUUCAAAAACAAGGGGAUGAUUACAAUCCACAUCAUGGAGGAAAGUGGAGCGUGGAAGACUUACUUUUUUACGUCGCAAGUCACCGUGGCAGUGACGCAGCUGAAUUGCUGUGGCAAGAAAUCUGUUGGGUUAUUGGGCAUUCGCUUAAAGCUGUGGCACCAAUGAUGUUAAGUGAUCCUCAUUGUUUCGAAUGCUACGGGUACGACAUUAUCAUAGAUGCUAAUCUGAAACCCUGGCUGAUUGAGGUGAAUGCAUCCCCUUCGCUGUCUACAACUACCAAUACGGAUCACUUUCUCAAACUAAGCUUAAUCGACGCAAUCCUUAACGUUGUAUUACCACCAGAUGGAGUACCAAACGCCAAAUGGAACAAACGUCCGUCUGCUGACGCCCUGCGAGGAUGGAUCGUCUUAAUUGAUGAAGAAGCUAAAGUCGGCUCUGCUUACGCUCGUCAGAAUAAAGGUAGCAAAGCCAAGUCAUCGCGAUCAGACAUUGGUAGAAGUAAAUAGGAUACCGUACCAUUCUCACCUCUCGUUGUAAAGUAGGCCUAUGACGACAGCUAUUGUAAUUGAUCGAAACAUGAAUAGAAAUCAUUUGCCUUUUGCACUGAA